UGGCAGACAGUGGCUGUGGUUCUGUGGUGUGGGCCUCUUGCUUCGACGGAUCAGCUGUUCUUGGGAGUGUGCGAGGAAACGCGGAAAUAAAGUAAAGAUGAAGUUGAUUGUAGGCGUGAUCGCUGUGGUGGGCGUGUGGGCGGCUGUCUGCUCAGCUUCCCCGCUUGAAGAUGCUAAGGAGAGAGACGCGAGAUUUCUCGGCCUGAAUUUCCCCUUCCUGAACCUCGUCACCGUCACCGUGAAGCCGACGCCGUGCCUCGCGAAGUCCGACAACUCGAGUGGCACUUGUACGAACCGAGGCAGCUGCGAGGGGCGCGAGGACGGCACCUGUGCCAAUGGGUACGGCGUCUGCUGUGUGUUUGAGAAGCGGUGCGGCUCCACAGUCAGGCAAAACGUGACCUUUUUGGUGAAUGACGAGUAUCCGGAUGCUCUCAAGGGAAUCGGAAACUGCCAGUAUAAUAUCGAGAAGGCGAAUUCCGACGUGUGCCAACUUCGACUCGACUUCCUGUCCAUGAACCUCGCCGACCCCAACGACGGCGUCUCGGGGGGCGUGGCCACCCUGUGCGACACGGACACCUUCUCCUUCGUCGGCCCUGCAGGAGGAAACCCCACCGUCAUCUGCGGAGAUAACACCGGGCAGCACAUGUAUCUAGACAUCGAGGGCAACGGCGCUGCAAGAAUCAACAUUGCAACCACAAACGAUGUCACAGAGAGGUCAUGGAGGAUCAAGGUCACACAGAUUCCUUGCAACUCGGUCAGUCGAGCUCCUCCCGGAUGCCUUCAGUACUAUACCGAAUAUUCUGGAAACAUCGAGUCCUUCAACUACCAGGGAGUGGCCACGCCCUCGGCGCCCCUCCACCUGGCCAACCAGCGAUACAGCAUUUGCAUCAGAGCGAACGAAGGCUUCUGCGGCAUCCGUUACUCCGCUGAUCAUUUCUCGCUGUCUGGCGACGUGGGAACUCCCGCAGCCAGCGUGGGUGACGUAACCUGCACCGGGGACCUUAUCAUCAUUCCAGGACUCACGAAGGACGGGAAGGCAUCGACUGCAGACCGGUACUGUGGCUCUCAACUUGACCCGGUGGAGACUUAUUCCAAGCCGUUUGAGAUCCGGGUCGUGACAGAUGACGAAGAAGAUACCGCAGUGGAUGUGAACAACCAAGGCUUUUCCAUCAGGUACAUGCAGAUUCCGUGCUAGACUGACCCUGCGCUGCUCUGACCACGUUUGGGCCAGACGAGCCUCUCUUGCUCUGAUAUUGUGAUUUCCUUUGGUCAUAUAUGUGCGUGUGUAUAUGAAUAUAUAUAUAUAU